GCAAUAUUUUUUUUUACGAAACCUAAAAUUUUGACUCUAUAAGCUACUGUGAACAUUUCGGUUUCCUGUGCCGCCCAUCCCACAAAAUGCCUUGCUAUCGUUCCUGCAAGAAAUUCCUCCCUCACUAUUCUUCUAGGCAUGAUGAGACUCUUCAUCAAAAUUCUUCUCUCCAUCUUUCGAUUGGUGCAUACGCCGCACGCUACCAACCGUACUCUCUUUCUUAUAGGUUUGAAGCAGAGUACACGGACGUGCCUGUUCCACAAACACCUGCAAUUGUGCCGCAAACCGGCCAAGUAAGUAGGUUGCAAUCUCUCUGGGGAAACCACGCCGAUUAUCCUAGUUCAUCGUUCCUCCUUACUAUGAUCUUGAUGACUAUGUCAAGUAUGACGGUGAAGAAGCAGAAGAAGAGGACGAGGGCGCCUGGAACAGCGACGAAGAAGAAGACCAGGAGGGCAACCAUGAGGAAGCGGCCUAUGCACCGCUGUGUCUUCUGGUCGUUAUUGUGUGGAUAUUCUGCUUCGCUUGAAGGAUGCUCGCAUUGUUCUCUUCUUGCAUGUAUACCUAGUGUCUUCGGUUUGGGGGGAAGAAGGCGCUGAACGUUCCCAAGUUCUUUGUCGGACUGACGCUUAUUCAUUAUUUCAUCAGUAUCAUAAUUGUAAAAGUCGAUGGCAAGCGUUUUCUUGAUAUCUAUCAACAUUGUCGCCAAUUUUGCUUGAACAACGUUGUAGAUCAAUUCAGUUGGGAUUACAAACAGAUUCUAGGUGUCUACAUCUUCAUAUUCUAAUUCUUCUGGU